AUGCAGCGUCCCGCCUACCACCUGACCUCAUCCAGCGACUCUGGCAUGCUCAAGUACAAUGCCGCCCCAGCACAGCCGGGCGACACACGGGGUCGACCGCUGCGCGAUAUCUUUUGGGUCUUGUUCAAAGGCCUCGCAGUCUUUAUCGCGCUCCUCGCUCCGCUUUGUGUCCUGUUUUGGUACAUCUUCAAAGCUCACCAGGCGAUCCGCGUUGGCCUCUACAUCUACACCACCGCGCCCGUACACGAGCUUUUGACGAUCAGUCAAGUCACCAGCAAGAUAGCUGAAAAGGUUGUCGCUCCAGGUGAGCUGCACAGAGGCGCGCGUUCGUACGUAUAGCGUAGCGGCCCUCACGCUGAGCCUCCCCCAUGUCCUCAGCAAUGGCGGUCUUUGGAUACUUGUGCGCCGCCAGCUGGCUGCGACGUAGCGAACUCAACGGGACGUAUUCCAACAGCACUCUUCCGACACCCCUACAGUGAGUAGUGCAUCGAUCACCCACACGUCUGAUCUGCCCAAAUCAUUCAGACCCACAUCUCGCAUCCCUCUCAGACUCGGCAUCGUUCAGACCGCUGUCGGUUCUGCAAACUUUUUCGCCCUCUCUGACGGCAUCAAGUACCUGCUCGGUAAUAGCGGCCACGCGAAACGUCCAAAGAUGCCUGCUUUUGUCUCUGCCGCCGUCCUUUUGCUCUGCUGGCUCUUGACUCUCGAAGUGUUGGCUUUCUUUGCCGACUUUGCAUUCCAUCAAAAGACCGUCAACUCCAAGGUCUGGCUGCCUCCUACACCAGCUCAAAUGCAAGCCGAAACGCGUGCCAAAAGCCUCAUUGCAACGCCUCCACUCGAUUGGACAGUGAACGCAGUGAUCUGGGCACUCAAAGGGCAGACGGCGUUUGCCAAUCCAUCCACGAUGCACGCUGUUGCUUGGACUGAUGACACCCAUUCAAUCAUGGUAGCGCCAGUGCAGCCAGAUUUCUCUUACGUUGCUCCGUCUCCCGGAGUCAAAGCAACUUGUGUACCAAUCACCAGAGAGUGUACCAAUUGUGGUCUGUCUGGCGAAGCUGACUUUGACUCGUGCGGAUCGCUUGCCGGAGUCAAGCUCGAAUGUAAUGGCGCACAUUCCUACGACGGAACAGCAGAGGGAGUGGGCUGGCUCGAUAGCGUAGGCAAUGCCGGAGGAGCGUACCACCCAGCGUCCAAGUGCGUUUAUUUUCAAGAUCGAGUCAUCUUGCCAUUCAUCUUGCUCACGUUCAUGCUUGGCGCCUUCUUGUAGCCCCCUCCAGUGGGCCACGACCAUUCGAUCCCAAGCCUACGGAGGCGGACAAAGCAGUGGUGCAUACGACAACAGCACGUGAGUAUGUAUUGCGUUGCACAAAAUUUGUACCAGCGCUCGCUCUCGGCUUCUUUGCAGAGGCUUCGUCGUCUGGGGUCAUUCCGGAGCCAUCAACGUUCUGCACUGCGAUGUAGCGGUAAGACUGGUCAAGGACCGGUUUGAUCCGCCCAAUCGCUUCAGAACCUUGGAAGCUUUGGACGUCAGUGGAGAGGCGGCAAGCCGCUACACUUACAGCACGUAAGUGUAGUAGGAUAAUGUCCACGCAUCCGCAUCCGCAGCUUCAAGCUUAUGCUAGAACAUCUUCGUAUUGCGUUCUCUCUUGUCAGCGACGGCAUUGGUGCAGGUCCCUGGGAUCUCAUCGGACAGCUCAUCGACGGCGCUGGCCUACUCGAGUCUGAUCCGUAUCCCGUCGUCUACGCUCGCACUUUUUCGCGCUAUGUGAUGGCGUUCAGCGCAGAGAUGAUGAGCAGCACUCCGGUCGACACACUCGAGGGCCAAGGAGUACCUGGCACGCGAGUUCACCUGGUAGUGCUCGGCAUCUUUGCGGCCACUGUCCUCAUCGAGUGCAUCACCAUCUCUUUGGUCGCGCUAGCUGCGGCUGCUCACAUUUGGCGCUGCAACGACUUGACCGUCAGAGCAGUACGCAAGCGCCUCACUGGACCUUUUGCCCUGUUGUGUCAGACGUAUGGCACUCCUCGACGCCUGCAGCCUGAAUUGGGCGGAUCACAAAAGCAGGCAUGCCUCACGGAAGACAACUUGCAGUUGUUUGAGUGCGAGAGCACGAGCGGCGCGCACGGUCUGCGCCUCCGCAAGGCAAUGCACAUGCUGCCUGCCGACUCUCCCCUCGCUGGUAACGUCUCCACCUGGAAUUUCAUUGCGGACUAG